ACGCACCACAACCACCACACUUCCACCCAAUUUCUAAAUUUUAACGUUUUUAAAAAAAAGAUUUUCUUCUUUAUUAUUAUCCAUACCCUAAUUAAUUUACUCUAUUUAAAAUCCUCACGCUAAGCAACAACCUCUAAUUCAGAUUUAAAACCCUUUAAAACACAAGCGUCAACAUUUAAAAACAUCAACAAACACAAAUACCAAUCCACACAAACUCACACAUAAGUCUUGUUACAUUGUCAAGUUGAAUCAAGAAUCAAGAAUCAAGAAUCAAGAAAAUGGAGGAUUCAGGGCGUGGAGGAGAUCAUUUUCCAGGUUUUGAGAUGAGAGUUCACAACGACAAUUGUGUUUUCCGGCGAUCUCUUAGCUGCCGGCUUCAGAGACGAGCUCCUUGUCCUCUCCUCUUACCACCAAUACCUCCUCCUUCUUCUUCCACGGAGGCUCCUUCUACGACCAGCGCCGUUUCUGUGUCUGCGUUUUGUCAAAACGGCACAGAUCCGAUCCCUCUCUUGUCUCCUCUCGUCCUUCCUUCAAUGCUUCAACCUAAUCCAACCACCACCUCUCACUAACUCUUUUUUUUUCCCAUUUUAUUUUAGGUUUCUUCAUUUACUGUAAUGAUUAUUUGGAUUUUUUUUUUUUUCAUUCAAAAGUUGCAAACAUCUAAGUAGAUUCAAAUCUGUUAUUGUCUCUAUUCAAAUUUCACAAAGGUGACGAGGAUCGUCUUCUCCCAAUCUUGAUAAAACUGAAGAUUUUAUUUUCUUAAUAUCAUUUACUAUUUGUACAAUACAUUCUCGACAAUCUUUUUCUUAUUGACUACUAAUAUAUUUUCCAAUGCCACAAUAUUAAUUCCACCAACUUUAGUUUUUGA